AUGUCGGUCCCCAAGCUUCUAGUCGUUGGCGGAAAUGGGUUUUUGGGAUCGGCGAUUUGUCGAGCGGCAGUUGGCAAAGGCUGGGAUGUCUCGAGCAUGAGUUCUUCCGGAUCACCAUAUAAGACUCCAGCGGGACAUACACUGACAUGGGUCAAUUCUGUCAAAUGGCAUCGCGCCUCAGCAUUCGAGCCGGAGACUUAUGCUCCUCUGGUGGCGGACUCAACGGCGGUCGUACAUACCCUAGGAAUACUGCUGGAAGAUACGGGGUACAAGAAGGCUGUACGAGAAGGGAGCCCUGUUGGCGUGGGCAAGGCGAUUUUUGGAGGGCUGUUUGGCACGCCAAGUCCGCUGAGGGCGAAGGAGGAGCGACGGUCGGGAUAUGAUGGGAUGAACAGGGAUAGCGCCCUCUCUGUGCUUGAUACAUACAUAUUUGCCUCACCAAUCGCAUCAUCAUCAACAUCGCCCUCUCCCUCCCCACGCGCCUUCGUCUACGUAUCGGCCGCAGAUUGUUUCCGCCCGCUCAUCCCUCGCCGAUAUAUCGAAAGCAAGCGAGAAGCAGAGAAGGGCAUCAUGGAGAGAUGUACAGCAUCUGGGUCGGUCCAGCCCUUCUUCAUGCGCCCGGGCCUCCUCUACCACCCACAUAUCCGCCCCCUCUCCACCGUGCCCGCCUUCCUCCUCUCCCUCACCGCCGGCGCGCACGACCGCAUCAACAUGCCCCUUCCUUUCAGCCCCGACUCGGUCUUCGGCGGCGCAGCAGCGGGACUUCGCACACAUCCCUUACAUGUCGAUCAUGUGGCUCAGUCGGUACUGAGGUGUAUUGAGCGGCCGGAGGAGGGAGAGGGGGUGGUGGAUGUCGGGAUGAUGCGGAAGUGGAGCGGGUUCAAGGGCAAUAAGGGAGAAGAGCUGGAUGCUGGCGGAUCGACGGCCGGGAGCGGUGUGCCUUGA